AUGAGUGCCGAUCUAGUAGUAACCUCUUAUGACCGGAUAUUAAGAUAUAAUCGGGUAUCUUGGGCCAUGGGUGGAAAAGUCGGCUUGGAAGAUUUCAAGAAAUCAGUAUCAACUAUCGGAAUCCUUAAGGAUUAUGAUACCAAUCUGGGGGAAGAACGGUUCGACAUUGUUUUCCAAGGGGGCAAAGUGCAAAAGAUGGAAAAAAGAGAAUGGUCGGAGAAGCUACAUGCAGGUGUAGAAUAG